AUGCUUGAUACUAUUAGAAAAUAUAUUUACUUUGAAAUAUUAUUACUUCUUUUUUUUUUAAACUAUAAGAUUAAUAUAAGCAUAUAUGUAAACAUAGCAGUAGUAACAUAUUUAACGGCUCUAGCUGUUAUUUAUUUGAUAUUUAAAUUUCGAUAUGGAAAUUAUAGAAUAAGAGGACCCAUCAAUUAUAACUUGAAAGGAAAGCAUGUGUGUAUUAUAGGUGGGUCAGAGGGACUCGGAUUUUCUCUGGCCAAAAGGAUAAUAAAGGAAAAACCAAAAACCAUCACACUUAUGUCCAGAAAUGUAGAAAAACUAAAAGAUGCCAAAAAACUUAUCUUAAGUGAAAUGAAAAAGGAAAAGCCAAAUUUGAAUAUCAAGAUAAAUAUUAUAAGAUGUGAUUUAAGUGUAAAGGCAUCUAUUAAAGAAGCUUUUGAUAAUGUGUUAAUUAAUAAUAGUUUAGAUAAAGAAGAAGAUGAAGAAAAUUAUAAUAUUGCUUAUCGUACAAGAUCACGCAUGCAAAAAAUGGAAAGAGGUGAUGUCGAUAUUUGUGAUAUUAAUGAUAUAGAUGUUCUUAUAUGUAAUGCUGCAUAUGUAAGCACAGAAGAAAAUAAUAAACUUCAAAUGUAUGAUUUAAUAUAUACAAUUAAUACUAAUAUUUAUGGUAAUAUUGAUAUUAUAUCAAAAGCUAUUAUUCAUAUGAAAAGAAAAAAAACAGGAUUAAUAUUAUUUAUAAAUACAGAAGGAGCUUUAUAUCCUAUAUAUGGUUAUUCUUUUUAUCUUAUGAGUAAAUCAUCUAUGUGGGUAUAUACACAUAUAUUAGAUCAAGAACUUAAAUAUUAUAAUAUACAUAUAGCCAAUGCAUUCUUACCAUCUGUUGAAACACCAGGAUUUAUACAAGAAAAUUUAAAAAAACCAGAAGUUACCAGAAAAAUUGAACAGUUAACAAAUACAAUUAAUUCAGAUUAUGCAGCAGAUAAAAUUAUUAAUAAAUUAAAACAAGGAAGAAAAUUUAUUACCUUACGAUUUAAUGGAUAUAUGCUAUCAAUUCUACAUUCAGGUUAUAGAAAUCCAGAAUCUUAUUUUGAUUAUCUUAUAUAUGUAUCAUUUAGUAAUCUAUUCAUAUUCAUAUCUUCCCUUUAUAAAUUAUAUAUUGAGUAUAUCAUAAAAAAAAAAUUCCACUCCAUUCUUUAUAAUUAA